AUGGCGCCGGAGCGUUCCGCCGCAAGCUUCUGGACUCAGUCCAAUGCCUUGCUCAGAAAGAGCUUAACAUAUCAGAAACGAAACAUCCGCUCCAAUGUCACCCUGGUUUUAAUACCUUGCUUCUUCAUCUUCAUUUUGGCUGUCUUCCAAACUUUACAGAACCAAGCGGAGAAACAGGUUAAACAGUUACCAACAACCAAUUGUGGAUCGUCAAACAUAUCCGAGCUAUCAGACAAUUGUGCCAUACCUCACCCUCAAGAAUGGGCUCCAUUGUUGGUGUUACCAUCCCCCGAUUACCGUGCAGUAAGAAGUAACUUUCUUCCAGCUGACUUGCCGGAUGAGUCAUGCAGGAGCAGGGAAGGAGGCCACUACUCCUGCCCAGUAACACUACUUCUUACUGGGAAUAAUCAGUCUUUAGGUGAAACUCUGGCUGGGAAUAUGUUGUCGAAUUCUCCCCUGCCUAAGUCCUCUGGUGAUGGCAUGGAAUAUAUAGCUCAUAAUGUCAUGGGUUCAGAUUUCUCGCCUCAAGGGAAUAUGUUUGGUGACUAUGAUGGGUUUGAGCGUGAUGAGGCCAUCAUCUUUAAUGUGCAGCGCCACUGCUCCCCAAAUUCUUCAUUUGUUGUUCCAAUUCGAGAAGCAAAUUUGCAGCAAAAUAUAUCCGUUGAAUGUGUUGAAGGGUUGCCUUUGUGGCGCAAUACCUCUACGGAGGUAAACAAUGAGCUAUAUAAAGGAUACAGAAAUGGGAAUUCAGAGGGGAAGAUUAAUGAAGUGCUUGGAGCCUAUGAUUUCUCUAACUCAGAUAAGAAUAAUUUCAAUGUGAGCCUAUGGUACAAUUCAAGCUUGAAAUAUUUCGAAGUUGAUGCUGACCAGGGGAAUGAGAGUGAUGCUACAUUGAUGAGCUUGACUGGGAGUGAUUCUAUUUUGCUGCGGCUUCCGCGUGCAGUGAAUCUGGCCUCUAGUGCCUACCUACGGUUCUUGAAAGGUUAUGGAACAAAAAUGCAGCUUGAUUUUGUCAAAGAAAUGCCCAAGCAUGAAACCCCAGUACAGCUGCCAGAUUUUGCCUCUAUGAUCGGUCCAAUCUUAUAUACAUGGAUUAUCUUACUGCUCUUCCCUGUUGUGAUGAAGUCUCUGGUGUAUGAGAAACAACAAAAACUCAGAAUCAUGAUGAAAAUGCAUGGACUUGGUGAUGGACCCUAUUGGAUGAUUACCUAUGCCUAUUUUCUUACAGUAUCUGUGGUGUACAUGCUAUGUCUUGUUAUAUCUGGCUCAUUUAUAGGGCUAAAGAUUUUCACACUAAAUGACUACACCAUCCAGUUUGUUUUCUACUUCUUCUAUAUGAAUUUGCAAAUAGCGAUGUCCUUUCUGAUAGCUGCAUUGUUCUCCAACUUAAAGGCUUGUACAGUUAUAGGUUACAUACUGGUCUUUGCAACCGGGCUUUUAGGAAAUGAACUUUUUGAAGUCUUUUUAAGAGAUCCAUCAUUCCCUAGAUACUGGAUCAUUGUUCUUGAGUUGUAUCCUGGCUUGUCUCUGUAUCGUGGCCUAUACGAGCUAGCAGAAUUCGCCACUGAAGCAGGCACAGUGGGGACAGUUGGGAUGCGAUGGGGAGAUUUGAGAGACAGCAAGAGUGGGAUGAGAGAAAUCUUGAUUAUCAUGUUCAUGGAGUGGUUUGUGCUGAUUUUUAUUGCAUAUAACUUGGAUAAAGUUACAGCAUCUGUAAGUGGAAAAGGUCCUCUAUUUUUCUUGCAAAGCUGCUUUGGAAAGAAGAAAAAACUUCCCUCAUCUCUUAGGACUAGGACACCUAAUGCACAGGGGCAGGGAUCUACUGUUUCUAUUCAGAUGGACAAACCUGAUGUUACUCAAGAGAGGGAAAAGGUUGAGAGUCUGCUAUUGGAUCAAGAUAGUACAAGUCACGCGAUCCUUUGCCAUGACCUGAAAAAGGUGUAUCCAGGAAGAGAUGGAAACCCUGAGAAGUUUGCAGUGAAAGGGUUGUCUCUUGCAUUGACGCGAGGGGAAUGCUUUGGCAUGCUUGGUCCCAAUGGUGCAGGGAAGACCUCUUUUAUUAGCAUGAUGAUUGGUCUGACUAGACCAAGCUCCGGUGCAGCAUAUGUUCAUGGUAUGGACAUUUGGACACAAAUGGAUAAAAUACAUACCAGCAUGGGGGUUUGUCCACAGCAUGACUUACUAUGGGAGAGCCUGACUGGAAGGGAGCAUUUGCUGUUUUAUGGCAGACUUAAGAAUCUCAAAGGUUCUGCCUUAAUAAAAGCUGUGGAAGAGUCUUUGAAGAGUGUUAAUCUGUUCAAUGGUGGACUUGCUGACAAACAGGCUGGGAAAUAUAGUGGAGGUAUGAAGAGGAGGCUUAGCGUCGCAAUUUCACUAAUAGGGGAUCCGAAGGUUGUCUACAUGGAUGAGCCUAGUAGUGGACUAGAUCCAGCUUCAAGAAACCAUCUAUGGCAUGUUGUAAAGGCUGCAAAACAGGAGCGAGCAAUCCUUUUAACCACACAUUCCAUGGAAGAGGCAGAGGUCCUCUGUGAUCGACUAGGAAUUUUCGUGGAUGGCAAAUUGCAGUGUAUAGGAAAUCCGAAAGAGCUGAAGGCUAGAUAUGGAGGAUCGUACAUCUUCACAAUGACCACAAGUGGGGAUCAUGAGAAAGAAGUUGAGAAGAUGGUUCGGACACUAUCACCCAGUGCCAACAAGGUAUACCAACUCUCGGGGACACAGAAGUUUGAGCUGCCCAGAAAUGAGGUCACUAUCGCCGGUGUCUUCCGAUCUGUGGAGGCUGCAAAACGGCAAUUCAGGGUGUUUGCUUGGGGACUCACUGACACUACUUUGGAGGAUGUCUUCAUCAAGGUUGCUACAACCGCAUCAUCAUAAAUAUCAACCAUACUAGACAGAAUCCAAGCCUAAUGUUCAUAUGAAUGAUUUGAUGUAAAAACUGGGA